UUUUUAUGAGAGAGGUCUGGUACUUUCGUUCUAAAGCUCUCGUUUCCUCGGGGAACCGAAUUGCUAGACGCAAUAGGUGCGUUGUCUUUACUCUUCCCUGUUCCCUCUGAGGGCCAGAAGGGGUUAAAUCUCUGGCUCCAGCGUCUUGGGAGAAGUUAUAAUUAUUCAAUAUGUUUCCACUGACUGAGGAAAACAAGCAUGUGGCCCGGUUGUUGUUCAAUACUGGUACCUGUCCAAGAUGUAUCUUCAGAUUCUGUGGUGUGGAUUUCCAUGCACCUUACAAACUUCCAUAUGAGGAGUUGCUCAAUGAACUACGAAAAUUUCUGAAAACUGGAAAAGAUGAAUUAAUUUUGGAAGUUCCAAACCCACCUCCCAAGAAAAUUCGACUACAAGAACUGGAAGAUAGAAAUGAUAAUAUGAAUCAAAAUGGAGAGGGAAGGCUCUCUGUUAUUGAAGAUGGAAGCAUUGCUUCCAAGAACUCAAAUUUAAAUGUUUGCAAUGUAUGCCUAGGAAUUCUUCAAGAAUUCUGUGAAAAAGAUUUUAUUAAAAAGGUGUGCCAAAAGGUUGAGGCCUCUGGGUUUGAAUUCACCAACUUGGUAUUAUCAGUCUCCUUCCCACCACAGCUGUCGGUAAGAGAGCAUGCUGCAUGGUUGCUGGUAAAACAGGAAAUGGGAAAGCAGAGUCUGUCGCUGGGAAGAAAUGAUAUAGUUCAGCUAAAAGAAGCCUACAAAUGGAUAACUCACCCCCUGUUUUCAGAGGAACUGGGUGUUCCCAUUGAUGGAAAGAGCUUGUUUGAAGUGAGUGUGGUGUUUGCUCACCCAGAAACAGUUGAGGAUUGCCACUUCCUAGGUACGAUAUGCCCAGAUUGUUUCAAGCCAGCCAAAAACAAACAGUCGGUAUUCACUAGAAUGGCAGUCAUGAAAGCUUUGAAUAAGAUAAAAGAAGAGGAUUUCUGCAAGCAGUUUCCUUGUCCUCCAAACUCACCAAAGGCUGUAUGCACUGUUCUUGAAAUUGAAUGUGCUCAUGGUGCUGUUUUUGUGGCUGGGAGAUAUAAUAAAUACUCCAGAAAUCUACCACAAACUCCUUGGAUAAUUGAUGGAGAAAGGAAGCUGGAAUCUUCAGUGGAAGAAUUGAUUUCAGAUCAUCUGUUGACAGUAUUCAAAGCAGAGAGUUUUAAUUUUUCAUCCUCUGGAAGAGAAGAUGUAGAUGUGAGAACAUUAGGAAAUGGAAGGCCCUUUGCAAUUGAGCUGGUGAAUCCUCAUAGAGUACAUUUCACUUCACAAGAAAUUAAGGAACUUCAGCAGAAAAUUAAUAAGUCAUCUAACAAAAUCCAAGUACGUGACUUGCAGCUCGUCACAAGAGAGGCAAUAGGACAUAUGAAAGAAGGUGAAGAAGAAAAAACCAAGACCUAUAGUGCCUUAGUAUGGACAAAUAAAGCAAUACAGAAGAAAGACAUUGAAUUCCUAAAUGAUAUAAAGGACUUAAAGAUUGACCAGAAAACUCCUCUGCGAGUCCUUCACCGAAGGCCCUUGGCUGUGAGAACUCGCGUCAUCCACUUCAUGGAGGCACACUAUGUGGACGCGCAUCAUUUUCGCCUCUAUCUGAAAACUCAAGCUGGAACGUAUCCUUCCACCUUCUGCAUGGCAAUACUCUAACCAGAAUCCUAUUCUAAGAGUUAAUGCAGCCCUAGAAAAAUAGGUUCAACUUGGUCUGGGAGGUAUUAGGGAAAGGAUUAUAUUGGAGAAGAAUGCUUUUUUAAAAAAAUUUGUUUGAGGUGUUUUUUUUUCCCAUUUGUGUUUUUCAAAAUGACUUUUUAAACCCUGGGGUGGUAGUCAGUUCAAUGUCAGCUUUAAAGUUAUUUAUGUUUCAUGUAAUUACAGUGUCUUACACAGUGCUUAGCACAUAGUAAAUACUGAGAAAAUACUUGUGAUUGAUUCAUUUGCUGUCUUCACAUUUUUUGCAAGUCACGUAUUCAGUACCGUAUCUAGGUCCUUUCAACAUUUCAAGCAUUUGCCCAGAUGAGACACAGGUAGUAGAUGGGAAUGGCGCUACUUUACAUCUUGAUCUUAACUUUACUCGGCCACUGGCCCAGUACAACAGAGAAUAUUCUUUCUCUGUAUGCCUUGUGAAAAAAAUAAAGCAUUUCAGAUUACAUAUCAUUUGUUUGAGCCAUAUAAACUUGGUUGAUGGUAAUACUGUGCUGGCAUCAGCACCAUUUGCAAAGAUUGCAAAGGGUUUUGACUGUGUUAUAAACAGAAAGUCUGAGAUCAGAGUUAAAAAUAUCCAUAGUCUGAGGCUGAUAAUUUGUUUAUAACCUAACCUGAUUUGUGUGGUUUUGGUAAGUCUGAUGUAAAUACAAGUCCCAGGUCAUGUGUAGUUUUGUAUCAGAAGUGAGUUGCUGAUUAAAAUACAUCAGGGAGCUCCAGUAGUCUUAGCUUUAGUUUACUUUUCAAAGGUAUUCUUAGUUUUUGUUCCUUGGUUUUAUAUUAUUUUGUGAUCCAAUAGCAUGGAGUGAUAACAUGCCUUCUAACUGGCCUAAAACCAAUGAUGUAUUUAUGUAUAUAAUAAAAAAAAAAAACCAAGUAUAAAGCACUAAAUACCAUUAUCACUACAUUGCUGUAACUAGUCUGCCUGUCCUUCGCCACCAACCUGCUUUCUCCUCUUCUGCCUCUGCCCCAUCCCAGGAGUGACCUGGAUUUACUCAGCUGAAUCAGGUACAGGUUAUCUACUUCUAAAAACUUUUAAAUUUUGCAAUUUGAAUCAAAGAAUGAUCUAUUUAGAUUCCAGUGGACAAAUCUUUGUAACUUUGUUGUUUGGGGCACAUUUGCCUAUUGUGGGUGGAAUUUCAAAGCAAUCACAGAUUUUUAAAAUAUCUUUUUAUCCAUUAUAAUUCUGGCUCUAGUUUUGGUGUGCCAAGGAGAAAUGCAAUGUCUUCUGGAGAAGCUAAUGUCUUUUCAAUCCUACUAAGACAUUUUUAGAACCAUCCAUGUACAUGUACUUAAGGUGUUAACCAAUAAAGACUGGUAAAACUUUAGAUAUAUGUUUUUACACAGAAGUAUGUGUAAUUUUCACACACUAAGUUUAUUUUGUAUACACGCUAUGUAUUUAUAUUGCUCAGUACACUGAGCUAGCUCAUUUGACUUCAACCUUGGCCCUCUGGGCUGGGCACGAUGGCCUGUAAUCCUAGCACUCCGGGAGGCCAAGGUGGGAGGAUCACUCAAGGUCAGGAGUUUGAGACCAGCCUGAG